GUCGGAAAACGGCGAGGAAGAUCAGCAGCAGGAAGCUUCUUCAAUCUGUAAACGAUACAUGCAUCAGCCUUCUUCAAUCCUCAAUCACAUCAUAUCUUCUUCCGUUCUUCGACCUGCAAAUAAGUGUCUGGAAGGCGUUUGAUAUUGGCGGUGUAAUUAGAACAGAGUAAAACAGGGAAAAGCUGGCCGCGAUGACGUCUUCUCAGCAAUCGCAGUUCAUGACUAAUGCGCCGCUAAUUAAGAGUUCUGAUCCUAAUCAGAUUGUUGUUCCUGAUAAAACAAGCUGGAAAAACCUAUUCGCAUACAUGGGCCCUGGGUUUCUUGUUUCCAUUGCAUACAUCGAUCCUGGAAACUUUGAAACUGAUUUACAAUCAGGAGCUCAAUACAAGUAUGAGUUACUUUGGAUUAUAUUGGUAGCUUCAUGUGCUGCACUUGUCAUCCAAUCCUUAGCAGCAAACUUAGGGGUUGUAACAGGAAAGCAUUUAGCUGAGCAUUGCAAGAAUGAGUAUGAGAAGGGAACCAAUUAUAUCUUGUGGAUUCUUGCUGAAAUCUCCAUUGUCGCAUGUGAUAUUCCUGAAGUAAUUGGCACAGCAUUUGCUUUGAAUAUGUUGUUCCAUAUUCCAGUAUGGUGUGGUGUACUCCUCACAGGUUUUAGCACUUUGGGUCUACUAGCACUACAACAAUAUGGGGUGAGGAAACUUGAGUUCUUGAUUACUUUCUUGGUGUUGACAAUAGCUGCAUGUUUUCUUGUUGAGCUUGGGAUUUCAAAACCAAAAGCCUCAGAAGUGUUGUAUGGAAUGUUUGUUCCUCAACUUAAAGGCAGUGGUUCUACUGGUCUUGCAAUUUCACUCCUUGGUGCUAUGGUUAUGCCGCACAAUCUUUUCCUCCAUUCGGCUCUUGUACUUUCUAGGAAAAUACCCCGAUCAGUUAGUGGGAUUAAGGAAGCUUGUAGAUUUUACUUGAUAGAAAGUGGGAUAGCCCUUGCUGUGGCCUUCCUUAUAAAUAUAUCGGUUAUAUCUGUAAGCGGUUCAGUUUGCAGUUCUUCAAAUUUAAAUCCAGAUGAUAAAAAAAGUUGUCAAGAUUUGGACUUGAAUAAAGCUUCUUUUUUGCUUAAAAAUGUUCUAGGCAAAUGGAGCUCAAAAUUUUUUGCAAUUGCCUUGCUGGCAUCAGGUCAAAGCUCUACAAUAACUGGAACAUACGCGGGUCAAUACGUUAUGCAGGGGUUUCUUGAGCUACGAAUGAAGCCAUGGCUUAGAAACUUGUUGACCAGGUGUUUAGCUAUUGUGCCGAGUCUAAUUGUGGCUCUCAUAGGCGGCUCGGCUGGAGCUGGGAGAUUGAUUAUCAUAGCAUCGAUGAUAUUAUCUUUUGAACUACCGUUUGCUCUCGUCCCUCUUCUCAAAUUCACAAGUAGCGAAACAAAAAUGGGAUCAUAUGCCAACUCAAAGAUUAUUUCGGCAAUCACUUGGGUGAUCGGGUCACUAAUUAUGGGAAUAAACAUAUACUUUCUAGUGGACCAUCUCAUUUCCUUACUUGUUCAUGGACACCUACCACUAGUGGGAAAAAUCUUCAGUGGGUUUUUAGGGUUUUCAGGUCUUUUAAUUUAUUUAGCUGGAAUUGGGUAUUUAGUGGUGCGUAAAAACAGAGAGUCAUCACAUCUUCUUGCACUUAAAACUCCCGAACAACGUAAUGCUUCUGCUUCUGCAUAUGGUCAACCAAGAGAAGACAUAGCUAGCAUGCAACUUCCUCAUACUAGAAACACUCAUCAUAAUCAUAAUCAAGAUCAAGAUGAUGAUGCAACUUGA